CGCCCUGCGCGGCCGCGGUCGGUCCUUCCGCCCGCGGGGUCAAGCGGCCCCGGCCGGGGCGGGCGGCAGCGCGGGCCCCGGGCGGGAAAGCAGCGACGUGAGCGUCGAGCGGGGAAACCGUCUGUAACAUCUCCAGCCGGCCAUGUGGCCUUCGCCAUGGGCUCGGGGCUGCGGCUGCACGGGCUGCCACGAAAAAUCCCCCCCGACGCUCGUCCCCGCGCUUCAAAGAGGCUCCCGCUCAUCACCACUCAUCCGGCUCUGACGGAGAGCGCAGGAGCCAUGGAAAAGAAACCGCAUUUGGUGCGGAGGGAGUUUCCUCCCAGGGAGGUGCCGGCGGCGUCGCUGGCGUUGCUGCUGGCGGCCGUGCUGCUCCUCAACGCCCUGCUCUACCUGUACCUCAGCCGGCCUCACUCUGCGGGACGCGCCGAAACCGACCCCGGCCGCUGCCCCUUCGGGCACUUCAAACUGGGAGGGAUGAAGAACUGCUCCCCGUGGCUCUCCUGCGAAGCCAUCAACAGGGAGGUCAGGAAACUCAAACGUGUGGGUGAAGGCGCUGUGAAAAAGGUCUUCCUUUCCGAGUGGAAGGAGAAGAAAGUGGUCAUUUCGCAGCUCACCAACCCGGAACUGAAGGAGGACUUUCUUCACGGACUGAAGAUGCUGAAAGCGCUCCAAAGCCAGCACGUUGUCCGGCUGCUCGGCUUCUGCGAGGAGCAGUUCACAAUCCUCACCGAGUACCAUCCACUGGGCUCCCUGAGGGGCCUCAACGAGACUCUCCACAUGCCCAAGUACAAAGCCGUGAACACGUGGCACCGCAGGUUGAUGCUCGCUGUAGACUACGUCAGCAUCAUUCGGUACCUGCACAACAGCCCUCUGGGCACCCUGGUGAUGUGCGACUCCAAUGACCUAGACAAGGUCCUCUCUCAGUAUCUCUUAACAAGUGAAUUCCACGUCUUGGUGAAUGAUUUGGAUGCUUUGCCUCUUGUGAACAGAAGUGGCGGCAGGCUGGUGAAGUGCGGUCAUCGGGAGCUGCGGGGCGAGUUUGUGGCUCCGGAGCAGCGUUGGCCCUACGGAGAAGAGGUCCCGUUUGAGGACGACCUCAUGCCCCCCUACGAUGAGAAAACAGACAUCUGGAAAAUCCCCGAUGUCUCCAAUUUUUUCUUGGGCCACGUUGAAGGGAGUGACAUUGUGCGACUGCACUUGUUUGACAUCCACGCGGCGUGUAAGAAGAAGGACCCAUCUGAAAGGCCUUCUGCCCAAGAGGUCUUGGACGCCUACCGGAAAGUUCUAGCUCUGCUGAGUCGGGAGGCAGCCAUGCCUGGGACUAGGGAAAUGCUAUAGGGAAUCAGGAGACAACACACUGAAGUCAGUGUCCUUCCUAUUUAUUUACCUUGCCUGAAGGGCAAAAUCUCUGUCCUCAAAACUGACAAGAUCAAUGAAGACAAGAUCAAUGAAUCUUGUACCUUUUGAUUUUAAAAAAAACAAAUAUACAAAGCUAAUGCUGGAACUGUGCAAGCUUUCCAGUGGCAUUCCCUAACCAUUCUGUGAUUCCAUCUAUCACUGGAAGAAGAGGGAAAGAAAUUAAAUUAAGGAAAAGAGCUGAAGAGUUUCUUUGUCCCAAUCACUUCUGCUUGGAUCCGUGCUCUGUCAUGUACCAUUGCACACUGCAACGACCAGAUUAACGUCACAAGAGUGAAAAAUAAACUUGGAUAAAUUCUGGUUCUGAAAAAUUGUCUUGCCAUGGAGAUGUUUCUCUCUGCUCCUGGAUGAAAUAGUUCCAAUUUUUUUAAAAAAGGUGUUUCCCUAACCAUUCCCCCCAAGUACUGGGUCCUCCCCAUGGCUCUUCCCUCUUGCGCCUCCUUCAGCCUGAGUGGUGUCCAGCCCUGUAUUUCAGCAGGAAUAAGUGAUAUUUGUUCUCCACACAGCAUUAUGGAGCUCCAGUUUCUUUUUUGGGAUAUUGUUUCUGUCUCUGAGGGAACACUAGAUGGCACCAGGAAGGUCAGUUUAGCUGUAGUUAUUAGCAAUCGCAGUUUCUCAUGCCCAAACAUAGCCAGGAAUGGCCUCCGAGCCAGGAUUUUGCUAGCAAACUUUUACAAACCCCUGAAAAAUCGCAUUGUGUUUGCAUUAGCUAGUCUGUAGUAACAGGACAGACAGAUUUAAGGGCUGUCAGAAUAGCCACACAUGCCACUUGAAGGGGCCACCUCCCCUUCAACUUGCUCAUGCUGUUUGUGUACUUUACCGUCCUUUUUCAUCUCAGCCUGGUGCAACCUCAACCGGGUUUCAGUGUCACCUCCUUCCAGUCUUUGAGUAAGACCAGAGGCGUUUGCACCCUCUCCAUCUUGCUGUUCUUCCCCACUAAUCCCUUCUGCAAUCCCAAGAUGGCGUGAAUCCCAUCCUGCCCACUUUUCCAGCUCCUCUGCCCUUGAGGGGAAGAGGGAAGGCCUGGUGGAGAGGGGAACACGGGGCAGGUCAGCUCCGCGGGCAGCUGGCUCUCCUCUUGCCAGUUCUCUUUGCUGGCCAUUCCAGUUUUUAUCAAUUUCUUUUUUUUUGAGGGAUACUUUUAAGGUCCAUGUUACUCUGCAGUGAACAGAGCUGUAGUGGUUAAGCCUAUCAGAAGUUGAGAAUACCACACCAACUUUUUGAAAUUCUAUCACAGGCUCUAACCCAAUAUUUUCCUUUGGUGCCACUUAAACAAAACAUCAGAUCAUGAUCUUUGUGAAAAAGCAGCCCUGCUGUUUGCCAAGUAUAAUUUGUGAGAUAUUUGGCAGAAUUUGCAACUGUAAACCGAUUCUAUCAUUAUGACUGCAAUGUCUUACCAACAGUCAAGAGACCCUGGGAACGAGAAAGAAGUGGUUCUGAAGUUCUUCUAGCAUGAUAUAAUGCACAUAUUUGCAGGGUUCAUCCAAAUAAAUUAUAUGCUAGAUAGUACUUUUUUAAAAGAAAAAGGAUUUUGUGGUUUUAUUUUAAUUGAAAUACUGUAUACUUGAGAUGACCACAUGAUUUCAAAUAAUUGUCGGUCUGUGCUCUGAAGUCUGUACUCCAGUAUUUAUCAGGAUUAAAUGGUGAAUAUAUUUGCAUUACAGUGA